CUCGCAGUUUCACCCUCACCUCCUCCAAUUCCAUUCAAAUCUUUUCGUAUAACCGUCCAAGCAGUUCUCUGCAGCUCACCCUCCUUCCAUCUCUCUCGAAAAGCUUCCGAAGUUCGAGAUGUGCAGAGGCAUUGGAAGAGAGAACAGCAGCCCUGGCGGGUCGUUCCUCAAAGAAGAGUCUCCGUGUAAACCGCCACCCAACAAGGCCUCGGUCGCGUGCGAGCUGUGCGGAUCGAGGGCGUGCCUGUAUUGCCAGGCCGACGACGCCUACCUGUGCCGGCAGUGCGACCGGUGGGUUCACGAGGCCAACUUCUUGGCCCAGAGGCACAUCCGGUGCUUGCUCUGCAACACCUGCCAGAGGCUCACCCAGAGAUACGUCCUCGGGCCGUCGACGGUGGUGGUGCUCCCCAGCAUGGUCGAGAACUGGGCGGAUCAGAGAGAUUCGAGCGAUGCUCAGGACAAGUCCUCGGGGAACAUCAGGAGGCCUUUCCUGUUCCUCUGAGCGCUCUCCUUUUCUUCACUCUCUUUCUUUUUGUUUUUGAUAACCCCUUUCGCUAUUCUUUCAAGAAUUUUCUGGGGAAGAAGUUAGGAGGAGCAUGAUGAUAUGUUUUCCCCUCUUUUCUUUUGAAUCUUGCUUGGAAUGGAGGAUUUAGUAUGGGUUUUGAAGCGUCAUAUGUUCUAGCUUGAGGAUACUGGGAAUGAUGAUCACACAAAGUAGGAGGGACUAGGAAGAGAGAACAUUACUGUAGAAACUCGUGUAAUUUAAGGAUGUUUGUGGCCACGUUUCACCCCCUGGUGCUGUCUUGAACUUGACUAGAGUCGAUCUGAUGUGAUGGUGAUGGUGAUGGUGGGCUAUGCUUUAUUUGCAAAAGAUUGUUCGUUUCCUGCAA